AAAAAGGAGAAUAUGUGCGUUCCAACCGCCAUUAAAUGUAAUUUCCUUUUCUCUUUCUUUUCUGAAUAACUCCUUUAAAAAAAUAAAAAAUAAAAAAAACAAAAUAAAAGGCUCCUUCUCCUGAUGCCUCACACUUGCCGUUCGAUUAGCAUCACAUUAUUUAUUUAUAUAAUUUAUUAAAUUUUGUGAAUUUAAGCUAACGUCUUAUUUAUAUUUUUUUUUUUGUGAUGGGCACCGUCUUGGAGCCCGAUGUGACUGCCGAUCAUCCUGCUUCAAUACUCCGGCCACAAUCUCCCCGGCGAUAUUUUUUUUUCUAUCUUCAGCGUCGCACACGGUGGGAGAUUGAAUUUCCUUUAUUGAUUGAUUUUCUUUUAUAAUUUCUUUUCUAUACGGUGAAUCUCUCUUCUUUUGACAUUUCUUCGAAUACCUUCUUCUUCCUCUCUGGUCUCACCCGUGUUUCCAGUCCUUUUCCGCGUUGAAUUGGUAUUUUCCUACUUUGACCUCCAUUUCUUUAUGUAUUUAUUAUAUCCGCUUCGAUUCUUCGACAGAAAUGACAAAGUUUGAAUCUUUAUUCAAUCUGUCAAAGUGAAGAUUUGGGUAGUAAAAACAAAAUUCGGUGGCGGUGGGUCUUAAUUAGGUCCGUCUUGGCAACAAUUCCAUUUUUAUUAUAGAGAAGCUUGGCAAUCUUAUACACAUAUAUUGAGGUAAAUAAAUUGGGGGUGUUUACUUUUGGAGGUAAUUUUUGAGUUGUUUUUGGGUUUCAUUAGAUUUUUUGAUAAAAUGGAGGCAAAAACAAAAAAUGAUGAAGAACAGAGAGCGAAUUGUUGUAACCCAGUUAAGAAACAAGGGCCAGUAACAAUGGACCAUGUUCUAUUGGCUCUAGGAGAGACCAAGGAAGAGAGAGAACAGAGGAUUCGGUCUCUUUUUAAUUUCUUUGAUGUCACCAAUUCCGGGUAUUUAGACUAUAACCAGAUUGAGAAAGGCCUUUCUGCUCUCCAAAUACCUGCAGAAUACAAGUAUGCUAAGGAUUUGUUGAAUGUGGUUGAUGCCAAUAAAGAUGGGCGUGUUGAUUACCAGGAGUUCAAGAGAUAUAUGGACGAUAAGGAACUUGAGCUGUACCGUAUUUUUCAAGCCAUUGAUGUUGAACAUAAUGGUUGCAUUUUGCCAGAAGAGUUGUAUGAUGCACUUCUUAGGGCAGGGAUUGAAAUUGAUGAUGAGGAGCUUGCACGUUUUGUUGAGCGAGUUGAUAAGGAUAACAAUGGUGUUAUAACUUUUGAAGAAUGGAGAGACUUUCUUCUGUUAUAUCCUCAUGAGGCUACCAUUGAGAACAUUUAUCAUUACUUGGAAAGGGUAUGCCUUGUUGAUAUUGGGGAACAGGCUGUUGUCCCAGAGGGCAUAAGUAAGCACAUUCAUGCGUAUCGAUAUCUGAUUGCAGGGGGAGUAGCAGGAGCAACAUCUCGUACAGCAACUGCACCUCUUGAUCGUCUAAAGGUUGUUUUGCAAGUCCAAACAACACAUGCUCGUCUAAUGCCAGCAAUAAGGGAUAUAUGGAAGGAAGGGGGUGUCUUGGCAUUUUUCCGAGGCAAUGGAUUAAAUGUCUUGAAAGUGGCACCAGAAAGUGCUAUCAGAUUCUACACUUAUGAAAUUCUGAAAGAUUUCAUUGUGAAAGCUAAAGGACAGGGGAAUAAGGCUGAUAUUGGUACUACAGGCCGACUCUUUGCUGGCGGUUUGGCUGGUGCUGUGGCACAAACUGCCAUUUACCCGAUGGAUCUUGUGAAAACCCGAUUGCAAACUCAAGCUUGUGAAAAUGGAAAAAUUCCGAAUCUAGGGUCAAUGACAAGGGAUAUAUGGGUUCAGGAAGGACCAAGGGCAUUCUAUAGGGGCCUUAUUCCAUCUCUUCUUGGAAUCAUCCCUUAUGCAGGCAUUGAUCUUGCUGCAUAUGAGACCUUAAAAGAUAUGUCCAAGAAGUACAUUCUGCAAGACAGCGAACCCGGUCCACUUAUCCAACUGGGAUGCGGAACUCUAUCUGGAGCUCUAGGCGCAACUUGUGUUUAUCCAUUGCAGGUUGUCAGAACAAGAAUGCAAGCUCAGCGCCGCUCUAACACAGGUGCUGCUUACAACGGAAUGUCUGAUGUGUUCAGAAAAACCUUUCAACAUGAAGGGAUUAGGGGAUUCUACAAAGGGAUAUUUCCUAAUAUGCUCAAAGUGGUUCCAUCUGCAAGCAUUACUUAUAUGGUUUAUGAGGCCAUGAAAAAGAGUCUAGAUUUGGAAUAGCAAUAAAAUAUGCUGCUGUAUCAGAUUGCUACAACAAUGGAUAUGGCUAACUGUCUGCACAACAAAUCGUUGGGGUAGUCUGGUGAUGAAGAUGAAAAUGACAAGAAUAAGUAAAUUUACUAAUUGAGUAGAUUAGGGUUAUAUCAAUUAUUAUUACAGAAAAUCUUGCAUCUAAACAUAUUUAAGGGCAAAAUUGGGUUGUCCAUCUUUGUUGAUGAGUUGAUAUGAAUUCGCACAUUUGUUGUACGAUACGGAAGCAACAGGAUAAAUGCAUUCAAAAACAGAUUUUGUAAUUCUUUUUAGUGGCAAUUUUUGUCAGAAUUACUAUAACAUGCCCUAUUUUUUUCCA